AUGGAACCAGACACAGUCAAAGAAAGAAGAAGGAAGAACAAAGUUGCCAAGAAGAGGAAGCACAAUGAAAUCGAUGCUAAAGAUGAAGAGCAAGGCCACAAAUCAGCAGGCCCUGAAUAUAUCCUCAAAGAUGGUCUGAGAUAUGUGAAGAAGUACAACCAUGUUUUUAGGGGAUAUACGAAAAAGAGGUGGCUAGGUAAAUCGAUCUACCAGAUUUGAAAAGAUGAAUUCCAAGCGUAUAGUAAUCAGUACUACCACGAUGCCAUUCUGAGCGGUCGAGUUAAGGUCAAUAAUACCAAAGUCCCUCUUGACUAUGAGAUGAAAGAUGGAGACCAAAUCCAGCACUAUGCUGAAAGACUAGAAAGCCCAAUUAUAGACUGUGAAAUCAAAAUUAUCAGUGAAGACGACCAGUUUUUGGUAGUCGAUAAGCCUCCCUCAAUGCCAGUCCAUCCUUGAGGAAACAUAAACUACAAUUGUCUCAAAUCAAUCCUCGAGCAAGAGUUUAAGCAUGACUAUUUACGAGUAGUUCACCGAUUAGAUAAGCAAACCUCUGGAAUUGUCUUCUUUGCCAAAACUGCAGACGCUGCGAACGAAUUCAAACAAAAUCUUGAAGUAAAAGAUGCUAUCAAAAAGGUCUAUUUCGCACGUAUUAAAGGCAAACUAGAGUCGGAGGAGGACAAGCUCGUUGUUGAUCAGCCAAUAUGGUUCAAAAGUACAGAUUUUUACAGUACAGAACCCCCAGAUACUUCUGAAAAGACCUUAAAGAAGGGGAAAGAGUCUAAAACAAUCUUUGAAUUUCAGUUUUACGAUGAGGAAUCCAACACAAGUGUGGUAAAGUGAUACCCAAUCACUGGGAGGACUCACCAGAUUCGAGUUCAUCUAGCGCACUUAGGCUACCCAAUUGCAAACGAUGUGAAUUAUGGAGGAAUGCUGUUCAAUGAUAUUGACUUUCUCGAAACUUCUCAAGCUGAUGGAGCAAGAUCAGCUGAAGACGCCAAAGAGGAAACCAAAGAAGAUAUUGAAGAACUUAAAAGGCCUGAGAACGAUGAUUCGGAAGACAUUGAGUACUCCCCGAAAAUGAUCGAAAAGAGCUGAAUUAAGUUCUGGCUCCAUGCGUAUCAAUAUACCUUUAAAGACCAGUGAUAUAGCACAGAAAUACCAGACUGGGCCAAAGAGGAUUACAUCCCAAACAUGAAAUUUUAGU